AUGUAUCCCUUUCAAUUUGUUGCCCUUCCAGACAAGGAAGCUCUACUAAGGGCAUACAAAAAUAAAAAGCUUAAUGAAUUGCCCACUCCAUCUGUUGUUAUCGACCGAGCUGUCUUCCAAGAGAAUUGCGAAAAGAUGCUUGCCAACGCCGAAAGAUUAAAAGUAGAUUUUAGACCGCAUAUUAAGACCCACAAAACACUUGAAGGAGCGAGACUACAAUUGGGUUCAGGUAGAAGGAAGUCAGAUAAGAUUAUUGUUUCAACUAUGAUGGAGGCUUGGAACUUGCUUCCCCUUGUCAAUGAAGGCUUAUCCGUAACAGAUUUUCUCUAUAGCCUACCAGUAGUAAAACCCAGGGUGGCCGAAUUGGCCGAAUUUGCUACUAAGAUACCACACUUGAGGUUAUUAAUUGAUCAUAGGGAACAAUUAGAUAUCUUAUCUGAGUGGAGUGAAGCUCAUCCUCAUUCUAAAAGAUGGUCGGUAUUCAUCAAGAUUGACAUGGGUACCCAUAGAGCAGGAUUAACGAAUGAAAGCCAUAAUCUUGGUGAAACACUUCAGCAUAUCCUUACGGAUGCCACAUCAAGGAAAAAUAUUGAGUUGUAUGGAUUCUACUGCCAUGCUGGUCAUUCUUAUUCUUCAACAACAGAGGAUUCAGCAAAGGAACUAUUGCUUGAAGAGAUUGUCCAAGCAAACCAUGCUGCAAUCGCUGCCAAAAGUAUUGACCCAAGUUUACAUUUGAGGCUCUCAGUUGGUGCUACACCAACUUCUCAUGCUUCGGAAAUACUUACAAUCGAAGAAUUGGAAUCAGCGUUGGGUCCCAAUAGUUUGCAGGGUACAUUAGAAUUACAUGCGGGAAACUAUUGUUGCUGCGAUUUACAACAGCUUGCAACAGGCUGCAUAAGAGAAGAAAACAUUUCACUUUCGGUUAUUGCCCAUGUUAUAUCUACGUAUCCAAAGAGAGGUGAGAAGACUCCGGGUGAACAGUUAAUAAAUGCUGGAGUGGUAGCUUUAUCUCGUGAGUCGGGGCCAAUCAUUGGAUAUGGAAAGGUGAUUGAACCUGCCGAGUACAACAAUUGGAUAGUCGGAAGAUUAAGCCAAGAGCACGGUAUCCUCGUACCCUUUGAUGAACAUCAUGCUACAAAGUUCAUUCCAAUUGGAACUCAAAUCAGGAUUGUUCCACAGCACUCUUGUAUUACAGCAGCUUCUAAUCCUUGGUUCUUCAUAGUCGAUUCGGGCGACGUAGUUGUGGAUGUUUGGGUUCCAUUUAGAGGAUGGUAA